GAGUUAUUAAGUUGCACAUUUAUUUUCUACCAUAAAGUAAAAAUAGUCUAGCAACUGGCAAUAAUUUUAGUUGACAUUGACAUAAAGUUGUACUGUAGUCUGUUCGUUCUUUUUGACAACUCUUUUUCGGCGAGCCGUGUUAGCGGAACAAGCUCGCCAAGAUGGUGAACAACCGAGUACCGUCGGUAUUCUCGAAGACGUACGUGACGCCUCGCCGUCCGUUCGAGAAGGCGCGUCUCGACCAGGAGCUUAAGAUCAUCGGCGAGUAUGGUCUGCGCAACAAGCGUGAAGUGUGGCGCGUCAAGUACACGCUCGCUCGCAUCCGUAAGGCUGCCCGUGAGCUGCUGACCCUUGAGGAGAAGGACCCUAAGAGACUGUUCGAAGGUAACGCACUCCUGCGUCGUCUCGUCAGGAUCGGAGUGUUGGAUGAGAAACAGAUGAAGCUCGAUUACGUGCUCGGUCUGAAGAUUGAGGACUUUUUGGAGCGCCGUCUGCAGACCCAGGUCUUCAAGGCUGGUCUUGCCAAGUCCAUCCAUCACGCCCGUAUUCUCAUCAGGCAAAGACACAUCCGCGUCCGCAAGCAAGUGGUGAACAUUCCCUCGUUCAUCGUGCGCCUGGACAGCGGCAAACACAUCGACUUCUCUCUGAAGUCACCAUUCGGCGGCGGCAGGCCCGGCCGUGUCAAGAGGAAGAACCUGCGCAAGGGACAGGGUGGCGGCGCCGCAGCCGACGAGGAGGAAGAUUAGACCAAAUAAAUGACGUGUUUAUAAUCUAA